UACUGCCCCUCGCUCGGAGCACGAUGCCUGGGAUCGUGCAGUGAAACCUGGAGCUUUGCGCUCCUAACCCGGCAAGGAGUAAUGACUCUUUACUAAAGGACUUUUACAAGCAAGAUCUCUACUGAAAAAAAAGAACUGAUCCAGUUGACCAUAUAAUGGGCACCUCGAAUGAAGAGAUGGUCUCAGCGGAGCAGAACCUGAAUCCACUCUGCUUUGAAUGCGGCCAGCAGCACUGGACAAGAGAGAACCACUUGUACAAUUAUCAGAACGAGGUGGACGAUGAUUUGGUUUGCCAUAUUUGCCUUCAACCCUUGCUACAGCCAUUAGACACGCCUUGUGGUCACACAUUCUGCUAUAAGUGCCUACGAAACUUUUUGCAAGAGAAGGAUUUCUGUCCCUUAGACCGCAAAAGGCUCCAUUUUAAAUUGUGCAAAAAAUCUAGCAUCCUUGUUCACAAACUGCUCGACAAGCUCUUGGUGCUGUGUCCCUUUUCUUCAGUAUGCGCAGAGGUCAUGCAGAGAUGUGAUCUGGAAGCACACCUGAAAAACAGGUGUGCUGGGGCUUCCAAUCGAAGGGCUGCCUUGGAGAGAAGGAUGAACAGCAAGUUGCAGGCAGCCACUGAAAGUGAAAAUGAGAACGCCAUGAUCGAUCGCCUGGAGUCCCACUCACCUGAAGCAGAGCACGCUGGCACUGGGAUGACAUCAGUGGAGCAGAACAUGACGUCCGCGACAGUUUCGGUGUGGACAGAUGAGUCUGGGGUUGAUAACCCUGCUUUUGAGGAGAACAUAGGAACGGAGACAAUCCAUCAGCCAUCAAGUUUACCGGAAGGUGAGAUCACCACCAUUGAAAUUCAUCGGUCCAAUCCUUAUAUUGAAUUGGGAAUUAGCAUAGUGGGUGGCAAUGAAACACCUUUGAUCAACAUUGUUAUUCAAGAGGUUUAUCGUGACGGGAUCAUUGCCAGAGAUGGAAGGCUCCUUGCUGGAGAUCAAAUACUGCAGGUGAAUAACUUCGACAUCAGUAACGUGUCUCACAACCAUGCCAGGGCCAUCCUUUCCCAGCCCUGUACAUCGCUGCAUCUCACUGUCCUCCGAGAGAGACGAUUUGUAAGCCGAACACACAAUCAUAGCGAUAGCCCUCCCCAGCGAGAGGAUAGCUUCCAUCUGACCUUACACAAGCGAGACUCCAGCGAGCAGCUUGGCAUUAAGCUGGUGCGCAGAACAGAUGAGCCAGGAGUAUUUAUUCUGGACCUGCUGGAAGGGGGGUUGGCUGCUCAGGAUGGCCGACUCUGUAGCAACGACAAGGUGUUGGCUAUCAAUGGACAUGACCUGAAGCAUGGCACACCUGAACUGGCUGCUCAUAUUAUCCAGGCCAGUGGCGAGAGGGUGAACUUAACCAUUUCCAGGCCCACCAAGUCCCAAAUUGUAAGCAUUCUCAGAGAUGGAGGAACCCAUCUCACCAGUCAUCAUCAAUCCUAUCAGCUAUAUCACAGCAACAGGCCAAGCCCACAUAAG